AUGGCGGCGCCGGCGCCGAAGCAAGAGGAGCUGCAGCCGCACGCCGUCAGGGACCAGCUGCCCUCCGUCUCCUACUGCCUCACCAGCCCGCCCCCAUGGCCGGAGGCCGUCCUCCUCGGCUUCCAGCACUACCUCGUCAUGCUCGGCACCACCGUCAUCAUCCCCACCGCGCUCGUCCCCCAGAUGGGCGGCGGCAAUGAGGAGAAGGCGCGGGUGGUGCAGACGCUGCUGUUCGUGGCCGGGAUCAACACGCUGAUCCAGAGCUUCCUCGGCACGCGCCUCCCCGCCGUCAUGGGGGCCUCCUACACCUUCGUCGCGCCCACCAUCUCCAUCAUCCUCGCCGGCCGCUACAGCGGCAUUGCCGAUCCCCACGAGAAAUUCGUGCGCAUCAUGCGGGGCACGCAAGGCGCGCUCAUAGUGGCCUCCACCCUCCAAAUCAUCAUGGGCUUCAGUGGCCUUUGGCGCAUUGUCGUCAGGCUGCUGAGCCCGCUGUCUGCUGCUCCCUUGGUUGCCCUCGUCGGAUUCGGGCUCUAUGAACUGGGGUUUCCAAGUGUUGCCAAAUGUGUAGAGAUUGGUCUUCCACAGAUUUUACUGCUUGUGGCACUUUCUCAGUACAUACCACAUCUGGUCCCCUUGCUGAGUACUGCCUUUGAGCGGUUUGCUGUCAUAAUGUCCAUUGCCCUCAUCUGGCUUUAUGCCUUCUUCCUGACGGUUGGCGGUGCCUAUAAGAAUGCUGCUCCCAAAACCCAAUUCCACUGCCGCACUGAUCGAUCUGGGCUUGUUGGGGGCGCUCCAUGGAUAAGUGUACCUUAUCCAUUUCAGUGGGGAGCACCAACCUUUGAUGCUGGUGAAGCUUUUGCUAUGAUGGCAGCUUCUUUUGUUGCUCUUGUGGAGUCCACUGGUGCAUUUAUUGCCAUUUCACGGUAUGCCAGUGCAACACCAUGCCCUCCUUCCGUCAUGAGUCGUGGCAUUGGGUGGCAGGGAGUUGGCAUUUUGCUGGGUGGCUUAUUUGGAACAGCUAAUGGAACCUCUGUAUCUGUCGAAAAUGCUGGGCUGCUCGGUUUGACACGCGUUGGUAGUAGACGUGUUGUGCAGAUUUCUGCUGGAUUUAUGAUAUUCUUCUCGAUCCUUGGGAAAUUUGGAGCUGUUUUUGCAUCAAUUCCUGGCCCAAUAAUCGCAGCUAUAUAUUGUCUUCUCUUCGCAUAUGUUGGUAUGGCAGGUGUUGGGUUCCUACAGUUCUGCAACCUGAAUAGCUUCCAAACAAAAUUCAUCCUGGGAUUCUCUUUGUUUAUGGGUUUGUCCGUGCCACAAUAUUUCAAUGAAUACACUUCCGUCGCAGGCUUCGGUCCAGUACACACGCAUGCAAGAUGGACAUCAUGGUUCUGGCUCUACCUGCUACUUUGCACAGUGGAAUUUGAUAUUGUUGCAUUUGCAUUGCAUCGGUUUAAAGUUUAUAGACAUGGUUGUGACAUUGUUUUCUGGUGUUAUGUGCUUCUGAAAUCACCUUCUAGUUCGUUUUACUGCUCAUUUGGCACGCUGAAGAGCUGCAAACUAAGAGAUGCUUUUCCUUGUGCUCAUGUCCAGUUCAAUGAUAUGAUCAACGUGGUAUUCUCCUCCAAGGCGUUUGUUGCCGGGGCUGUGGCGUAUUUUCUGGACAACACCCUGCACAGGCGAGACGGCACCGUGAGGAAGGACCGGGGGCACCAUUUCUGGGACAGGUUCAGGUCCUUCAAGACUGACCCGCGCAGCGAGGAGUUCUACUCCCUCCCAUUCAACCUCAACAAGUUCUUCCCAUCCUUCUGA